UUCAAUGCUAUGAAUAACUUAAUUUGAUCUUUCGUUCCAUAGAAUUUAAAAAUCUUAUCAGAUUUGUCGAAAAAAAUUUAUAAACUCCAUUUUCAUACCGGAUACAGUCCUUGAUAAAGUUUUUUAUUGAUUAACGGAUUGUCGAAUAGAACAUCACAUUAAAAAUGUACUCACCCGAUGCUUUUAAUUAAAUGACCUUUUAUUUACAUGUCUUGAUUAUAUUUUAGUCCAGAAACGACACCAGCAGGAUCAACUAUAUAUCACGGAAAGUCUUUCAACUAGUUAUUUUUAUGAACGUUUUACUACGAUGUGACAGGUUUGACUUUUCAUCUGCUGACUCUGUCAAAUAAUGCUCGCCUGAAACAUGCAGGGCCGUUGACUCAAAGUUAAAGGCGAGUGUAUUUUUUCAGCCUUUCCAGUGAAUUAUGGCCAAUUUCUCUAUUUUUCAGCCACAAAUCCAAUCUUUGAGUUCAGCGCUUCCUAAUUUGACCUUGGUUCUUCUCAUUUGCUUCUCUUUUUUGGGACUCGUGAUCUGUGGAGUCAUCGCUAAUGUUCAAGUCUGCCGCGUACUGGUUCGAGGUCGUCGAUUUAAAAAACACUUGUCAAACUUCAUGCUCUUUCACUUAUCGAUCACGGAUCUGAUCUAUCGUCUAGUUGUUGUUCCAGGGUUUGUAGCUGCAAAAUACUUCCCUGUGAGGAACAGGUCAGAGCUGUUUUGUAAAUUCGCAGAUACAUGUCUUUACACUGUCUACACUGCUGUUUUUUCAAGUUUGGUUGUCAUUGCAUUUGACAGGCACCAGAGCAUCACAAAACCGUUUCAACAUCUUCGCCGUAAACCCAAGUUUUUUCGUUGGAUUUUGGUUGUUUGGGGAUAUUCCACUGUUUGCGCAUUGCCACAGUUUUUCAACGAUGGAAUUGGUACUUUUACUUUUAAUCUUGCCGAUUAUUCCAACUCAACUUACGUUUUUCAGAUCUGCAUCACCACAAAAGACGGUGCCAGUAAAAAAAUAUUGGCAAUAUUUUAUUUCAUUUCAGGUUUUCUUGUGCCUCUAGUGUUAAUAAGUAGUGCCUACUCUAAAAUCGCACUCUUUCUUUGGAGAAAAAGUCGUGAUCGUGUGUUGAAUCAAGCCGCAUUUAAAUCAAGAAGAAGAGCGUUUCAAAUGCUUGUGCUGAUAGUUCUUGGUUUUGUGAUUUGCCUGGGAACGCCACAAUUAAAAGAACUGAUGGAGUCGUUAGGUGCUGUUCAGGUUAACGCAGCUGUCGCCAUCACUGUUUCGGUUUUUCAACUGUCGAGUUCCCUUAUCAAUCCAAUAAUUUACAGUCAUUACUCCUCUGAGUUUAAACAUGGGCUUAAAAAUGGAAAAUAGUUUCUGGAAAAUAGCUCUACACAUAGUUCAUCAUGGAAUAACGGACUGUCGAAUUGAGCAUCAAGAUAACAAAUGAACUCGCAUAAUGAUGAUUUCAUCUCAAUAACCUUAUUAUUUACGCAAGUCAUGCUAAUAUGUUAGCAAAAAUAACAGCAGAAUCGACUAAUAUCUCACGGGAAGUCUUAUAAUUUUUUUAAUUAAUUAACUAUCUACUUGGAUAUGAUUGGCUUGGUGUUUCAAUUCCUGUCUCUGUCAAAUAAUGUUUGCCUGAAACAUGCAAA